UGUAACCAGUCAGGUGAGCUGAAUAAGACUGGAUGAGCCGAACAAAGAGCAAGCUUGCAAACUCUAUGGUCUUCAGACAACAAUCAAAAAUUCAGCAAGAUGAAAUUGCUGAAGGCUUCCAAACAAGUUCGGGAGCAGCUGGACUGCUGGAGUGGACUAAACAUAGCCUGAAACGAUACGCCAGCUUCCUCAAAAAACCAAAAAAAGAAAGAAAAAUAGUACAACUUGUAAAAAUGAGUGACCGGAUUGGAGGAAAUGCAGUAUAGAUUAGCAAAGCGGCAAAGCCAUAACGCAGGAGCGUAUUCUGUGCCUCCAAUCCCAAGUGAUAUGAUGGCAGUAUACAUUUGCUGAAUUUAUGCCGUGUUUCUGUCUUAAGAAGCUGGGUAAUUUAAGAAAGAAAUGAAGUCUGCCAUAAAAAACCUAACCAUCUUUUCUCUCUUCUCAUCAAAACCUCCUCCUUACCAUUUCCUCCCUCUUUCAAAACCCUCUACGUUUCUCACUCUUUCUUCAGGCAUGGAAAACUCACCACCAUCAUCAUUAUCACCGUCUAUUCUAGUUUUGGGAGGUAAAUCAUCUCAAGAAAAUGAAUUUGCGAAAUCACUGAAGGACAAUUUCAAGAAUUUGACACUUCCAGUUGAAGAUUCUGGAGUUUCGGUAUUUUUAUAUGAUUCUGAUGCUGAGAAAAAAACUUAUGAGGUUGAGGAGGAGACAUUUAAGAUUGAGACUUACAUGAAUUUGUUAUCGGCUAAUCGAUUUGGUCGAUUUCUUAUCUGGUCUCCUAGGUUGUCAUCUACACAAGACUUGAUUGCUAAGAAUUUCUGCGAGCUUCCUAUAGGAGCAGUUUGUGUUGCGGAUAUCCAGUUUAAAGGGAGAGGAAGGUCAAGAAAUGUUUGGGAAUCUCCGGCUGGUUGCCUUUUGUUCUCGUUUACACUACAAAUGGAUGAUGGGAGGAUAUUGCCUCUUUUGCAAUAUGUGGUAUCACUUGCAGUUGUAGAAGCUCUGAAAGAUGUCUGUGAUGCAAAAGGCUUUCCGUAUCUGGACCUCAAAAUCAAGUGGCCGAACGAUUUGUAUCUAAACGGCCUCAAAGUUGGAGGGGUUCUUUGCACCUCGACAUACUCAUCGAAGAAGUUCAAUGUCAGUGCUGGAAUAGGCUUGAAUGUGAACAAUGAGAAACCAACGACAUGCUUGAAUGCAGAACUGCGAAAAUUAACAUCCGAUGCUUGUCAACUAGAAAGAGAAAAUGUUCUUGCAGCCUUUUUCAAGAGAUUUGAAAGUUUCUUUGAUACUUUUUCUAAUCAAGGAUUUCAAGCACUCGAAGAGUUGUACUACAAGGCCUGGCUCCACAGUGGGCAGCGGGUUCUCAUACAGGAGGAGAAAGAGGGACAUCUGCUGGAACAUGCUGUUACUAUUCAGGGGUUAACGCCAUCCGGCUAUCUGUUGGCGAUUGGCGAUGACCAUCAAUUUUAUGAACUUCAUCCCGAUGGUAACAGCUUGGAUUUCUUCAAAGGACUAGUAAGAAGAAAAGUGCAAUAAAGAAUGUUACCAGCUUUUGGGUCAUGGACUCCAGGAGUUCUAGUUUUAAAGUGUGGUUGGAAACUGGAAGACUGUAAAAAUGAGAUUCUGAUCAAUGUUUAAUUUAAUUUAGCUUUUUAUUUUGGGUUAUA